GAAGAAAACCGCAGAAAAAGUUUAGUCACGGCGGUCCAUCGACGACGAGCCUUGCGCCCCAGGAAGAGGAAACCUCUGUGUUGGCCAACGUCGGUUCCCCUUCGGCAGCUCUCUCGCUGCAGCCAGGUUCCAAGUGUGUGCGCAUCAUUACCCGUGGGACAGAAGUGCCCUCCCCACGUCGCGCCGGAAGUCUCCAAAAGGAUCGAUUCCGUGCUUUUCCUCCUCGAGGCAGCCACACAAGCGAAUUUUUCUUCCUCUUGCGCUCUGCGGCAUUAUCGGUGUGUGUGUGUGAGGGUGGUGUGCGUGCGUGCCCCCCCGUGUCUGUGUGUGUGGAAAAGGCCCCAAAAAAGUCUCCUAAACGGGUGGGAUCCUCAGCACCAGCAGUUCCGGCGGCCGCAGAAACCCGACGGCGAACAUGUCCUCCGGCGUCGUGGUCCCCCGUAACUUCCGGCUCCUGGAGGAGCUGGAGGCCGGCCAGAAGGGCGUCGGCGACGGCACCAUCUCGUGGGGUCUCGAAAAGGACGACGACAUGACGCUGACGCACUGGACCGGCAUGAUCAUUGGCCCCCCUCGGACACCGUUCGAGAACCGCAUGUACUCAUUGAAGGUCGAGUGCGGCGAGCGUUACCCGGACGACCCUCCGACGCUCAAGUUUCUCUCCAAGAUCAACAUCAACUGUAUCAAUAAUCAAAACGGAGUGGUCGACAACAGGAUGGUCCCCGUGCUGAACCGCUGGAAUCGUGACUACACCAUCAAGACAAUUCUGCAGGAGAUUCGCCGGAUUAUGACGUUAAAGGAGAACUUAAAGUUAACACAGCCACCGGAAGGCAGCUGCUUCUAGUGGCCUUAAGCUGCUGUGUCGCGAAUCUGAAUCCGAGGCAGAGAGAGAAAGGGAGCGAGAGCGGGUUUCCGUGUCCGUCGAGGGAAAGUUCUAAGAAGAAGCAAAGAAGAAGAAUAAAAUUACGAGCGCUUCGCUACUAGUGCUGCUCUCAGAGAAAAAGAAAACAGAAGAAGAAGAAUACUUUGAACAAAAUGAAAAUCCAAUGUUUGCGUUGUCGUCGUCGUCCUCGUCACCACCACCACCUCCUACAACCUACACCAAACCAGCAAGUUCCACGCGCAAGUCUCCGGCCAACGGCCGGCAAUGGGUAGACAGGAACUUACUAUCACACCACACUCUAUUACUACUCACUAUCGCUACGACACUAUUGUUGCUAAUUACUCUAUUUUUUGUUUCUUUUUUGCGUUUUGUUACGUGGUUCUGCUGAAUAAAGAACAAGGAACGUUACGUGAGAGCACUUUUAGAAAGAAAACAAAUAUGAUAAACUCACUAAAAUUCGGUAACGUGGUGGGAAGGGCUUGCUGGACCGGAUUAAGAAGAUUCCCUUAAUUAGUAAACUUACUGCUGAUGAAAAGAGAGAGGAAACAAUAAACAUAAACACCCACACACUAUUCUUUACUGCUGAUAUCGAAGUUACACACCUGUUUUGUUUCUUAUCGUCCUUAGAAAGAGAGAAAAAGAGAGAGCCCAUACAAGUUUUCAUUUCCGCGUUUCUAGCCUGCACAUGAAAAAAAGUUGCAUUCCAUCAGACUCAGUUUCCCCGUUUUCCCAACACCUUGUCGAGUGUGGAAUUAGCAAAGAAAAAAGCAAGUGUGUCGCGACAGAACGAAUUGUAAAACAAAGGAAACUUAAAGAAUAGAAAAUAUUCGUUGCUAAUCUCUCCCCCCCAUUAUAAACCCUCUCUGGAGCUGUAUCGAUUAAAUUAAAACAAAAGAAAAAUAAAGCGAGAUGAAAUGAAAAUUAAGAAAAGUGAAUGCAGAAAAUUAAUAACAAAAAAAAACAACAAACAUACAAUGAGAUAAACAAUGUGAAGCUUUUGUUCUUUUAAAACUGGCAUUAAAAGGUGAGUAAAAACGUCAAAAAA